CAGUUGAGAGCGAGGGCCGCAGUGAGCAGCACGGCAAAGCGGAGCAGGCAGAAGAGACCCAGGAAAACGCAACACGUAACAGCGCCGACCAGGUGCUGGAGAGAGGGGAACCCCAAGGAGGCAGGGCAGAGCAGGCAGUCAAAGGAUAGGCAUUCAGUGCUGUAUACACAGGGAGCCACCAAAAAUAAAAGAAAAACUAAAACGCCUGCCGCUCUUCAGAACAUCCGAAGUAUCUUGUGGAACAUGUAGUGGGCGCGACAGGGCGGCGUUCUGGAUUCUUACAAUGAUCAUUCGCCUGCGCUAUGGGAGACGCCUGCAGACCUAUCUGAAGAUAGGUGCCUGUGUCCUGGUGGGCGUCUGCUACUUUGCCUUCCUCUUCCGCGAAUCCCUCAAUGCCUACGAACACCGGGAGCGUGCCACGGCCGCCGAGCUGGAGGCGGAUGCCGCGGAGCCCUCCAAACAGCAGCUCAAGCUCAAGCGCCAGCAGAUGCAGCGCCAACGACUGCUGGCGCAGCAGCAGCAGGCGGCACAGGGCACCACUGGGUCCAAUGCCAGCACUGGCACCUCGGCCACCGCCGCUGUAGCUCCACCGCCGCCGGCCAGCACACUGAAUCCCGUCUACGAUUACUCCGAGGAGCUGCACAGCAGCACGGAACGUGAGCUGCAGCGGAGGCGCGAACACCUGGCCGCCGUCUGUAAGCGCUACAAGCUGCAGGAAAAGUACCCACCGAAUCCCUGGGAGUUCUUUGUGUCGCCGGGCCACAACAAUCUCGUCUGGUGCAAUGUCUUCAAGGCGGCCAGCAGUACGUGGAUGUAUUACUUCAAUGUAUUAGCCGGCUACGAUGUGAAGUAUCUGCAGCGUACAGAGACUCAGCCGCUGGAGCUGGCGCGGAAGCGUUUCCCCCGACCCGAGCUGGCCGAGCUGAUGGAACUGCUGCCCAGUGCGCUGUCCUUUCUGUUUGUGCGCGAUCCGUUCGAGCGGAUACUGAGCGCGUACCGGAACAAGUUGGAGGGCAAUCGGAACACCUUCUACAAGGCAUUGGGCACCAAGAUUGUCCAUCGCUAUCGAAACCACAGUCAGGGCGGACCCUGGCCGCGGUGUGGACCCACCUUCGAGGAGUUUGUGCGCUUCCUCAUUGCCGAACAUCGGGCGCGCAAGCGCUUCGACGAGCACUGGGCGCCAGUCUACAGCUUCUGUACGCCGUGCAGCGUCAACUUUACCAUCAUUGGCAAGACGGAGACGUUCCAGCGCGACUCGGAGUUUAUUAUACGGCAGGCGGGCCUGGAGACGCUGCUCCUGGGCCUGGGUAAGCUGCCGCAGCGCAAGCAGCGCAGGAUCGGCAAUCAGGCGCGCAGCGGCAUCAAAUCGGAGGCCGUGGUCGAGCGCUACUUUGCCGAUAUCGAUCGCUCAACGUUGGACCAAUUGCUCAAGAUAUAUCGCAUUGAUUUUGAGCUUUUCGACUACGACUACCGCAAGUACUACGACAUGGUGCAUCCCUGGAGUCUGGAGCAGAGCACAACCGGCCCAGCAGCAGCAGCCGCUGCUGUUGUGUCCACGACCACAACGACUGUGCCGGCAGUUGCAGUGGCAUCUGGCUCCACCCAGGGAUCAGCGGCGGCGUAGAUUACAGAAGCUCAGUAGGAUCUCCCUGCCCCCACUACCACAUUGCGAUGCGUCGUCAAACAAUCUUAUCAUGUACCUUUUUACACACGAGAAUACGAAACACUUGACACGAAACAACAAACAAGAAACAAACCACACAACAAACAAACAGAACCCAACCGAAAGCUAACAAAUCUACCAAAGUUUAAGGCCAAAAUCAACGUUUUCCAAAAACGCAAAAAAAAACAAACACCAAACAAACAAAAACAAAACACACAAAACAAAACAAAACAAAAACUCUUGACCUCUCUUAGAUAAUGCCAAAGAAAAAACAAAAACAAAAACAAAAAUGAAUGUAUUGUAGAAAGGAGUAUGAAACUUAGUUAGAAUGAAAAUAUAAUGCAUUUUGAUGGAUUUUGCCAACAAAAUUCGUACACGAAUCCCUUAAACCCUUAAGAACGAAAAAUGAACAAACAAUUUUACAACUCCCACACGAGAUCGAUGGACGAGAUGGAUCGUGGCGUGGCGUGGAGUGGUGUGGCCUGUGUUGUGUUGUAGCUAGUUGUUUAAGUACCUACAAUUUACAGUUGCACUUUCAACCAAUGAACAAAAAAUAUGAUAUAUAUAUAUAUAUACUAUAUAGUUAAACGAUAUAUACAGACCUCUAUACCAAUAUCGCGAACGCUAUUCUUCAAAGGCAUGACUGGGAGAGUUAUAUACAAACCACAAAGUGAGAAAUCGUCUUAAACCAAAGGAAGAAAACAAAAACAAAUUCUGUAUUUACAUAUAUUUACAACCGAAUUCCCCUCUCCCACCCCACCCACAAAAACCCUCAACAACCACAACAUAUGGUACUUACUAUGCAUAAGCUAUUAUACAUAUAUAUAGUAUAUACC